AGCAUUUUCUCCCCUCAAUAUCCGGGAAACGCGUGUGCCGGUGUCCUGAAUGUACAAAUCUGUCAGUUGUUGUAUCGUGUUACUUGUUCGUGCUUGUGAUAUUUUUGUGUAACUUAAUUAUGGCGAAUGAGAGCGUUACCGAACAGAUGAAGGAUCUGAAAAUGGACGAGAAGAAGAAUAGUAAAGAUGGAGGGAAAAAGAAAAACAAGAAUGCUGGUGGAGAUGGAGGUGGCAAGACCGAGUUGAAUCCUCUUCCACAAUACAUCGAUGAGCGUCUGUCCAUUUAUAACAAGCUGAAGGCAGAACAUGACGCCCUGCUGUCUGAGAAAGCAGAAAAAGACAGCAAGCCCAUCAAGAUCACACUGCCCGAUGGAAAAGUAGUAGAUGGGGAAUCCUGGAAGACUACACCUUACCAGGUUGCCUGUGGCAUCAGCCAAGGCCUUGCUGAUAAUACUGUGAUCUCCAAAGUGAACAAUGGGGUAUGGGAUCUAGACAGGCCCUUAGAGGAAGACUGCAGUCUGGUUUUUCUCAAAUUUGAUGAUGAAGAGGCACAAGCAGUGUAUUGGCACUCCAGUGCCCAUAUAAUGGGAGAGGCCAUGGAGCGAGUCUAUGGAGGAUGCCUUUGUUAUGGACCGCCCAUUGAGAAUGGCUUUUACUAUGAUAUGUUUCUUGAAAAUGAAGGCGUAUCGAGUAAUGAUCUUCCCUGUUUGGAGAGCUUGUGUAAGAAGAUCAUGAAAGAGAAACAGCCCUUUGAGAGGCUGGAGGUAAAGAAGGAGACUCUGUUGGAGAUGUUCAAGUACAACAAGUUCAAGUGCAGGAUCCUAAAUGAAAAGGUUACCACCCCAACAACUACAGUUUACAGGUGUGGACCUUUGAUUGAUCUGUGCAGAGGGCCUCAUGUAAGACAUACAGGAAAGAUCAAGGCAUUGAAGAUCCACAAGAAUUCUUCUACAUAUUGGGAGGGCAAGGCUGACAUGGAGAGCCUCCAAAGGAUCUAUGGCAUCUCUUUCCCCGAUCCUAAGAUGCUGAAAGAAUGGGAAAAAUUCCAGGAAGAAGCCAAGAACAGGGAUCAUCGCAAACUAGGAAGGGAGCAAGACUUGUUUUUCUUUCAUGACCUGAGUCCAGGUAGCUGUUUCUUUCUGCCUAAAGGAGCCUACAUCUAUAAUACGCUGAUCGAGUUUAUUAGAAGUGAAUACAGAAAGAGGGGAUUCCAGGAAGUGGUCACACCGAACAUCUACAACAGCAAACUAUGGCAGACUUCAGGACACUGGCAGCACUACAGCGAAAACAUGUUCUCCUUUGAGGUGGAGAAGGAGAUCUUUGCUCUCAAGCCCAUGAACUGCCCUGGACACUGUCUGAUGUUUGACCACCGGCCACGCUCUUGGAGGGAACUGCCUCUGCGGUUGGCUGAUUUUGGGGUCUUGCACCGUAAUGAGUUGUCUGGAGCUCUCACUGGCCUGACCAGAGUCAGACGUUUCCAACAAGAUGAUGCGCACAUCUUCUGCUCUAUGGACCAGAUUGAGUCUGAGAUAAAGGGUUGUCUGGACUUCCUGCGCACAGUGUAUGAGGUGUUUGGCUUCACCUUUAAACUGAACCUUUCCACCAGGCCAGAGAAGUUCCUAGGAGAACCUGAGGUGUGGGACCAGGCCGAGAAGCAACUGGAGAACAGCCUGAAUGAUUUUGGAGAGAAAUGGGUUCUGAAUCCUGGUGAUGGAGCUUUCUAUGGACCAAAGAUUGAUAUUCAGAUAAAGGAUGCCAUUGGCAGGUAUCACCAAUGUGCCACCAUUCAGCUGGACUUCCAGUUGCCUAUUCGCUUCAAUCUUACAUUUGUGAGCCAUGAUGGCGAUGACAAGAAGAGACCUGUGAUCAUCCACAGAGCGAUUCUGGGUUCAGUGGAACGCAUGAUCGCCAUCCUGACUGAAAACUAUGGGGGAAAGUGGCCACUGUGGCUGUCCCCACGUCAGGUGAUGGUGGUUCCUGUAGGACCCACUUGUGAUGAAUACGCCCAGAGAGUACAGCAGGAGUUCCACAGGGGAGGGUUGAUGACGGAUGUGGAUCUGGACCCAGGCUGCACCCUGAACAAGAAGAUCAGGAACGCUCAGUUGGCUCAGUACAAUUUUAUUUUAGUGGUGGGUGAGAAGGAGAAGAGCAGUGAAACGGUAAAUGUUAGGACUCGUGACAACAAGGUGCAUGGAGAGAGGAGUCUGAUGGACUGCAUGGAGCGACUCAAGGAGCUGAAGGCCUCAAGAAGCCGUAACGCAGAAGAGGAAUUCUGAACUUCCUAAACAUCCUUCCAAGUCUUCCUUCAUAUGCUCAGAUGCUACUGGGCAGCAGCGUGCUGCUAUUCUGCAUUUAUGAUCCAUAGUUUCUCAACUGGAUCAGUGUGGUUCACGGGCUCAGGUUUUAAAUCAGUGGCAUUAUUUAACUUCUCAUUCAAUUGUCCAAAAGUCUGAAGAGAUGAUUUAUCAGUAAUACUUUGCUUUUAAAAACCCUGGGAAUUUUAUUUGUCAGAAAUCCAUUAUACUUUGUUAUUACAAAGGGUCUUUUCUAUCAAUAUAUGAGAAUGGGUGAAAAUGACAAUUAAGUCUGGGAGCUUAUCUGGUGUUGUUGGGGAUGAAAUAAAACGGUAUAUCUUUCCAUUCUUUUUAUGUCUCACUUUUGCUAUAACGACUUCCAAUGCUGAAAGCUGUUAUUGUUGGAAAAUUUAUAAUCAACAUAAAUAGUGGUGCAGGACACUUUGUUGAAGUAGACGUAGUUGUUUACGUGUUUAAGCCCAAUGUUACUUUCACUUUCGCUUGAGUUGUGCAAGUGAUUUAGGAGAAAUCGUCUGCUUGCAGUUUGUACGUCUAACCGGAUAAACGAGCGAGUAGUAAACGACAAGCAGACUUAAAUGUUUUAUGAUUUUUUUUUUUGGAUAUAUUAUAGCUUAUUUUAACUUUAUUAAAAGUAUAUAUGUUUUCCCAUCGUGUACUUCUGCAGUCGGGCGUUUCGACCGAAAGCUUACGUUCACAUGAUGUUUAUUCGCAAAUAGACUUUUAUAUUUUUUAUUUUUCUGUUCACUGAUCUAUUAAACGCUCCUUUAUCAAAAAUAAGGAUUUAUUUUUAUUUUUAUUUAUGAAAGUUCUGCGAUGGAGUUUACAGAAGAAGAGAAAAUAUGGCUGCAAAGAGUGUCUGCUGAAAUACCUGAAGGAAGUGAACUCACUCUAAAAGAGAAGCAAUUACAGGAGAAAGCUAAGCCAGAGACUGAAUUUCAAGCCCAGCUCUUCCAAGCUAUGGCCUCCAUACGAUUUGGACUGAAUGAUAUAAUAACCUCAACAAUAGAGGUGAAAACCUCCUUCCAGCAGAGGAGCAGCAUCUCAACACAAUGUGGAUAAACAUCAAAUACCAAGAAGAAGUCGCGUCUGCUUUUUCUUUUUGGUUAUAUAACAGUGAAGUCAGGUGAUUUUGGCACUUUGUAACUAGCCACAAGGAUACAAGUUCAUCUUUUUCAUGAUCUCAGCAGGAUAUUCUCAUGUCAUUAAUGUUUUAUUGGUGGAUGUCAGGUUUGGAUCAUAGUUCCACCAGAUAAUGUAGCAGCAUUGAGUUUUAAUGACCUCAGCUCAUGUAAUGUUUCCUCGGCUGUGAACAACAGGAUGCUUCACUGUGCUAUUUAAUGCUGACUUUGAGAAAAGAAUGCUAUUGCUGUUUGCAUGUUUUUGCUUUUUUGUUAUUGUUGCUUUUUGGUACAAUACACAUUAAUGCUUUUGAAAUGUUUGUCUUGCACAGUGCUCCAAAAACUCAGUAUGCUUUGUUUUUUUCAUGUUUGCAGGGAUGAUAACAUCUCUACCUCAAAUACAACUGCAAACAGCACAAUACAUAUUUUCUUUUGCACACAUGUAUAACAAAUUGAACCAUGGGAUCACGGAUAAGUGCAGAGUUCUUAUUCUCAGGUGCUUCAAUUGUUUAUUUGAUUUAUAUCCAUGGCUUACACAAAGCUUAUAAAAAAUUGUAUUCCAAAAUGUCCGUGCAUUCCACACUGUUUUCAAGUUUUGAAAUCAUUUUACUGUAUUUUGAAGUGAAUAAAAAUUAAAAUG